GAUAAACGCAAAUACAGUUUAUCCGCUAUGAUUAAAAGUGGUGACUUUGUCGAAAGACUAAAUCAUCAGAAUCCUGAAAGCUCUGACGCUGUCGAUUAUAAGGCUUGUGGCUAUGCUUUGGAUGAGGAUGAUGAAAAUCAAGAAACAAAGGAUGAUUCAAAGGACAGUGUAUGGUCACCAGAAAUUGAGCAGAGUUUUCGUGAAGCUCUGAUUAUUUAUCCACCUUGUGGUAGAAGAAAAAUUAUUAUUUCGGACGAGGGAAAGAUGUUCGGACGCAAUGAAUUAAUUGCUCGAUAUAUCAAGCUUAGAACAGGUAAAACUAGGACAAGAAAACAAGUAUCUAGUCAUAUUCAAGUGUUGGCACGUCGACGAUCAAAAGAAUCAGCUGAAUAUUCAUUGGAUGAUAUUUAUGAUUCAGAUUUAUGUGGUUUCUCCCCAUCUAUAGAUAUUCAUGAUGAAACUGAGCAAUCAAAUUUCAAUGAGGAAAAUUCACAUUCUAAAUUAGAAAAGCAUUCAACAUUUAGUGUUGAGACAUUUUUAUCACAAGAUUGGGAAAAAUUAACUUAUCCUAAUAAAUUAAGCAUUAUUCAAACGGAUGAGCUACAUCUUAUCUAUUAUGAUUUAUUCAUGUGUGGUUCCUCUCAACCUCAUCAUUCGACGAAUGAACAUGCUUUGGUUAUUCUUAACUCGUCCUCACCAAUCAGUACAAUUCAUUCUCAAAUGGAUUCAUCAAAUCAAUUUGAUAUUAUACCUCAACAUAUUAAUAUAAAUUGGCCGUAUAUUCUUAAAAACCAACCUGAUAAAUGUUUUGUUAUAAAUUUAAGUAUUGAUUUACCGGAAACAAACCAUUUAACAUGUAGUCCAUUUUUAUCUACAACUAUUGUAUUCAAAAGUAUUUGCUCUAGAAAAAAAUCUUUAAAACUAUCCACCAAAAUUUUCACCUUUAAUCAACUUAUCACAGAAACAGAAACAAAUUUAAAAUUACUUGAAAAUAAUCAAGAAAAUAUCUAUAUUAGUCGACGAAAACUGGAAUCAUAUCUUACUGAAUUACUGGCAAAUCUUUCUAAAUUAGAUUCAGAAGAACUUAUAAAUUUGGCUUUGGAAAGCACAUAUUUAUUACAGCUUGUAUAUGAUGAUGAAACUAAUCUCCCAUUAAUUGGAAUUACUAUACUAUUAAAUAUCUCAAGAGUUGAUCAUUCAAAACCGCAUCAAAUAAUCUGUUAUUCAUAA